GCAGAUAACAGGGUAACUGCGCAGACCAGCCAUACCGCGGAUAACUGCGGAUACCUGGAUAACUGCGCAGGCCGACCUGUAAAGCAGAUAACCAUAGGCCAGCUAUACCAUGGAUAACCGGGUAACUACGUAGGCUGGCCAUACUACGGAUAACCAGGUAACUGCGCAGGCCAGCUGCGCCAUGGAGGCCGGCUAUAAGCGGAUAACCGGGUAACUGCGCAAGCCGACUGUACCAUGAAUUUGGUAAUUGCAUAGGCUGGCCAUACCACGGAUAACCGCGGAUAAUCGGGUAACUGCGCAGGCAGGCCGUACCACGGAUAACUGGAUAGCCGGGUAACUGCGCAGGCAGGCCGUACCACGGAUAACUGGAUAGCCGGGUAACUGCGCAGGCAGGCCGUACCACGGAUAACUGGAUAGCCGGGUAACUGCGCAGGCAGGCCGUACCACGGAUAACUGGAUAGCCGGGUAACUGCGCAGGCAGGCCGUACCACGGAUAACUGGAUAGCCGGGUAACUGCGCAGGCAGGCCGUACCACGGAUAACUGGAUAGCCGGGUAACUGCGCAGGCAGGCCGUACCACGGAUAACUGGAUAGCCGGGUAACUGCGCAGGCAGGCCGUACCACGGAUAACUGGAUAGCCGGGUAACUGCGCAGGCAGGCCGUACCACGGAUAACUGGAUAGCCGGGUAACUGCGCAGGCAGGCCGUACCACGGAUAACUGGAUAGCCGGUAACUGCGCAGGCAGGCCGUACCACGGAUAACUGGAUAGCCGGGUAACUGCGUAGGCAGGCCGUACCACGGAUAACUGGAUAGCCGGGUAACUGGAUAGCCGGGUAACUGCGCAGGCAGGCCGUACCACGGAUAACUGGAUAGCCGGGUAACUGCGCAGGCACGUUGUACCAAGGAUAACUGGAUAGCCGGGUAACUGCGCAGACAGGCCGUACCACGGAUAACUGGAUUUCCGGGUAACUGCGCAGGCAGGUGCAGGCAGGCCGUACCACGGAUAACUGAGUAACUGCGCAGACAGGCCUACCACGGAUAACUUGGUAACAGAUAACUGGGUAACUGCGCAGGAAGGCCAUACAGCAGAUAACCGGAUAACCAGGUAACUGCGCAGGCAGGUGUUAUCACGGAUAACCAGGUAACUGUGCAAGCCGGCCGUACCACGGGUAACUGGGUAACUGCGCAGACAGGCCGUAUGUACUGUGGAUAACCGGGAGAGUGCAUAGGCAGCCUGUACCACGGAUAACUGUGUAACUGCGCAGCAGCCUGUACCACGGAUAACCGUGUAAUUGCGCAGCAGCCUGUACCGGGGAUCACCGUGUAACUGCGCAGCAGCCUGUACCGCGGAUAACCGUGUAACUGCGCAUCAGCCUGUACCGCGGAUAACUGUGUAACUGUGCAGGCAGGCCGCCGUACUGCGGAUAAUUGAGUAACUGCGCAGACAGGCCAUACUGCGGAUAACCAAGUAACUGUGCAGGCAGGCUGUACUGCGGAUAACUGAGUUACUACGCAGGCAGGCCAUACUAACUGCGGAUAACCAGAUAACUGGGUAACUGCGACAGGCAGGCGGUACAGCCCACAUUCGGACGCAAACGUGGUCCUUUGACUGCGCAUGCGCACAUCCAACUACUGGUUGCUGCACUGCGCAAAGACGCCCGUGACUCAGCUGGUUUAGCUUUCUAGGCUGGCGAAAAGGAAAGUCAUCUGGGCUGGAUGCUGUAACCCUGUAGUCGCUGUUCAGGAAGGUAACGAACAUUAAACAGCAGAACAACUUAGCAGUGGGCGACAUUUUCAAUCCACAGCGUGAGAAAGAGAGGUUGUCACGAGAUCCGGGAAGGAGCCCACGCUCGGCGGUAAAAUGGCAUCACGGCAGCCCGCGUUUCCUGAGAAACUCAGCCGAAAACAAUACAAGGCCGCAAUGAAGAAGGAGAAACGCAAGAAACGUCGGCAGAAAAUGGCUCGGUUGAGAGCUCUGGAAGCCCCACCAGAGGAGGAGGACGACAAUGUUUCUGCUAAUGAAGAACUUGCAGAGAGAUUGCUGGAGAUAGAGCGGCAAAGAUUACAUGAGGAGUGGCUGCUGAGGGAGGAGAAGGCACAAGAAGAAUUCAGAAUGAAAAAGCAAAAGGAGGAGGCUGCUAGAAAACAGAGGGAAGAACAGGAGAGACAAAUAAAGGCCGAAUGGGAAGAACAACAGAAAAAACAGAGAGAGGAGGAGGAGCAGAAGUUACAGGAGAAGAAAGAGAGAGAGGAAGCGGUACAGAAAAUGCUGGACCAGGCUGAAAAUGAACGUACUUGGCAGAACCCGGAGCCACCCAAGGAUUUAAGGCUGGAGAAAUAUCGACCCAGUUGUCCCUUCUACAAUAAAACAGGAGCGUGCAGAUUUGGUAACAGGUGUUCACGGAAACACGACUUUCCCACGUCCAGUCCAACCCUUCUCGUGAAGAGUAUGUUUACAACGUUUGGAAUGGAGCAGUGCAGAAGGGAUGACUAUGACUCUGACGCAAACCUGGAGUACAGUGAGGAGGAAACCUACCAGCAGUUCUUGGAUUUCUACCAUGACGUGCUGCCCGAGUUCAAGAAUGUGGGAAAGGUGAUUCAGUUCAAAGUAAGCUGCAACCUGGAACCUCAUCUGCGGGGCAAUGUGUAUGUUCAGUACCAGUCGGAAGAAGAAUGCCAAGCAGCCCUCUCUCUCUUUAAUGGAAGAUGGUAUGCAGGACGACAGCUCCAGUGUGAAUUCUGUCCCGUGACCCGGUGGAAGGUUGCGAUUUGCGGUUUAUUCGAAAUGCAAAAGUGUCCAAAAGGAAAGCACUGCAACUUUCUUCAUGUGUUCAAAAAUCCCAACAACGAAUUUAAAGAAGCUAACAGAGACAUCUUCGUGUCUCCGGCCUGGACUGGCUCCUCUAGUAAAAACUCAGACAGGAGGGAAAGGAAGGACCACCAUGAGGAAUACUAUGGCAAGUCAAGAAGCUACCACUCGGGUUCAUACCACUCCUCCAAGAGAAACAGGGAGUCUGAGAGGAAGAGUCCUCACAGGUGGAAGAAAUCUCACAAAGAGGCCACGAAGAGUCAUGAGAGGCACAGUUCAAGAAGAGGAAGAGAAGAGGACGGCAGUCCAGGUCCACAAAGCCAGAGCCACCGAACCUGAGACCCCCUAAGGCAGCACCACUUGGACCCAAGACUGAUAUCAGGCUUGGCAACAACAAAACUUCAUUACAGAAUAAAAACCUAACGCAGUAUCCUUCAGAUUCCCCAAGAUAUUCAAAACGAAACUGACUACAAAGGAAAGGCAUGGUGACUUCAUCUAGUUCCAACCAAGUUACCAAAUCUUGUGGCUUUAACAGAGACAGAACCAGGUAUUCAUUAUUUCUUUGUCUGUUAUAAUGCUGUUAUAAUGCUUAGUAUCAUGUUAUUGGUGUUAUUUCCAUGCAGUUUAAGCUGGCUUCCCAUGUUGUUUUCCUGUAAUAACUUUACCUUGUGAUGCUUUAUCAUUAAUAUAUCUAUUAACAUCGUU